AUGAUAUUUCAGUUUGCUAAGUUUCUGUUCGACCGCCUGGCCGGUAGCAGCAGUGGUGGGCUGCUGUGGCCAGCCUACAGCUGUCUGUUGUUACUGAUAGACAACCCACUCUUCUUCUCCCAGUGUCACUCUGUCUACGGCAUUGAGUCUCUGGUGCGCAGUCUGAACGAGGCUCUGCUGCUGACCGACCUGGCGGUGCCGACACAGGGUCUGCUGCUCCUCACUGAGAUACUGGACAGGCAGCCCCCUAGCGAGCGUCUGUUCCCUGGUGCUUCAGGAUUUGCGGCGGUUGCUGAGGUGGUGUCAGCUGGAGUCUCCUUCUCCUGUCUGAAGGUGGCCACACAGGCUGCCAGCGCCGCAUCUGUACUGUUCAGACUGAACCACCAGUCCAGACCGGUGCUUUACGGGAAGAUAGAAGGAUUGAUUGAAGCCAUCACUAAGAGAUUCCCCGAGCUGCCAGUACCCUCUCAUCCUCAUCGUGGAAUCGCUCACAUCAAGUUCUCUCACCAGAGAAGCUGUGACAGUGAGCGGUCAUGUCCUGAGGCAAUUAACCUGUCUCAGUACAGGUGGACAGGCCAGUGCUGGAAACCAGAUCCCCCAUCCGUCUCAAACCAGCCUUCAAAAAACACCCCCACGACACAGUACUUUGCACAGUCUUGA